AUGGUUAAUCGUGUCAUGUUCCAUCUAGGGUCUUAUUCUCGUCAUGCUCAUGUUUAUCGAGAGGAGUUUCCUCAGAUCAAUGAAGAAGAUAGAAGGACCGCACUGGAAUGGGGUUCUGUAUCCUUUCCAUCACUUCGCAACAAAGAUGGUGGAACCCUAGUAAAUGAUGAAGUCAAGAUUCUUGCAGAGGUUGAUGUUCUUGAAUCUAUUGACAAGUUAUAUAUACCAAGGAAAUUCGAGAAGACAACCAUACCUCAGAGUAAGAUAGAUGAAAAGUAUGCCGCAGUUUAUAGCGUGAUCCUCGAGCAACCUUCAGCAAUAAGGGAAAGGAUCCAAGUCAAUGGAUUCCAAGUUCUUCCUUCACAAGUAGAAACUGUGUGGAGUAUCUUUGAGAGACAUCCAGACAUUGCUGUAGGGUUCCAUUCAAAGAACCAACAUCUGAGGAAAGCAUGCAUGAAUUCUCUUCUAUGCUUAAUUGAGACUCUAUGCCAAUCACUUCAAGAGCUCUCCAGUGAGGAUCUUGAGCUAGCAGACGUUGCACUGACAUAUCUGAAAGAUUCAGGAUUUAAGUUGGAUUGGUUGGAGAAGAAGCUGGACCAAGUUAAACUGAAUAAGGAGAAAGAGAUGUCUUGUUUGGCCAUCCUACAAGAAACAGAGGAAAGUUUACUAAACUUGAAGCAAAAGUGUUCAGAGCUGAGGGCAGAGUUGGCGGAGACCAAAACUCCUCUGUCAUUCGAUGAUGUUGUUUGA